UUUCAACAGAGAAGCGAAAUGUCUACAACACCGGUUCCUUGACUUAGGCCUGCAAACUCUUUGAGUAAAACAAGUGAACGGAGUGGCUAAAACAAAAACAAACAAAACAAAAAAAAAGAAAAGAAAACUUUGAAACGACAUUGGCUGUGUGCGCACCAGAGACUAAAAAAUAGGUGCGCACACUGACCGCAUGUGUAAUUAGUUGCAGGUUUGUGAUUGCGCGUUUUCUCUGCCAUUGUUUGACAAAUUAAUUCAACGUUGGCUGAUCGGUUAAACUUUUUAUGGUCUUUCGUUAUAUAUAUUCACUUUAUUGACAUUAAAGAAAAUCAUGUUUUGGUAUUUAGGCCAACAUUUAUUCCCUUGACGUGAAAAGCACGUUUAACUCCGCUUCAGAGGGCCUAUUGAUGCGAAUAAGGCUGCAGUAGGCUAUUGGAUUCAGGAAGUUCUCUCCGCACGCCUUUUGUCGGGAUCUUGAGCAUGGACUCCACCAGAAAAAAGGACCAAGGCUCCUCUUCUGCCUUCUCUUUACAUCUCUUCCUGGCCAGAUAUGGGAAGGUGCUGCCGGGGGUUCGUUACCUGCGGGACAACGAUGGGAUCUGGACGGGGAAAAGGCAGUUCAGGGUCCUCCUGAAUGAAGACCCGCAGGGGUUUGACGGGCUAGAGCACUCCCCAGCUUAUUUUUCCAUCAGGGCUGAGAGGGGCUACCUGUUUUCCUCCGGGCAGCCUAGUUUCUGCAGGCAGUGCCGGAGUGUCGGUCAGGCAGGUCCGUGUGGUCAGGCGGUGUGCAGGAACGGUGGGGAGAAGGGGCACGUGGCGGUGGCGUCCCCCAAGCCGAGGAUGAGACACAGCUGCGGGCGGGCCACGAAUUCUGCGACUGCCCUGGGAAGGAGAAGGGGAGGUCCUACGUGGAUGCGACGGCUGGUCGGGAGGGCGCUCCUGGCAAAGGCCCUCAGGACCUGCGGCCCCUGGAGGAGGUGCCGGGGGAGGUGAGAGCGGCGCAGUAGGAGGCGGCGGUGAAGCUGAGGAACAGUUUUUCCGCGUUGGAGGGGAGCAAGGGGGAGCCUGGGCCCUCAGGGGUUACGGGCACUACGCGGGAGUUUCUCAGCGGCCGGUCUGAGGGACUGGGUGCAGGGGGAGCGGAGUCCCCCAUGAGUGAGGAGCACUCCUACAGUCCGCCGGGGUCACCCGACGACGCCCCAUUCCUUGUCUUGGACUCUGGGGUCUGUGGAGGGGGCACACUGAUGAUGUAAGUUUUGAAUUUUUUUUUUUCUUUUCUUUUUGUAUGUUUUAAUGGAUUUAAUUAUUGUCACUGUUAAUGUUAGAGGGUUUCGGGCUGGGGGGAGGGUGGUAAAACUCUCGCAGUACGCGGACGACACCACCCUCCUGCUGGAAGAUGAGGUCAGCCUAAAAAGGGCUUUAGGGGUUAUCGGUUUGUUUUCAAAGGCCUCAGGUUCAAAAAUAAACCUGAGUAAAUCCACGGUAAAGUAUUUUUGGGAGUGGGAGGGGAGAACAGGAGGUUUAUAUGGUUUAGCGGGGUGUCCAGACCCGGGGCCGCGGACACCGGGUCACUUGUCCCGGGCCCUGGGUCAAGGGGGGGCCCAAAAGGUUUUUUUUUUUUUUCCCAUGUAAAUCUGACGUGAAUCUAAAUCUAUGGACAACUUCAAAG